CACAUUUUCUCUCUGACAAAAUGUGAACGCCAUUAAUUCCUUCCUUAUGACUUUGCUGAUGAGAACAUUAUACAUGAACUAGCAAGCACUUCACCGAAGUGUGAGAGUUGUUUUUGGUUACCAUGAGAAGGCCAAGUGUGAGACCUGUGUCUCUCUUACUUACCUGUUUUUGGUUUGUGUUCGGCUGUUCUGCCAUAGACACCAUUACAUCCACCCACUUCAUCAAAGACCCUGAAACUAUAGUCUCCAGUGGAAGGGUUUUCAAACUGGGUUUCUUUAGCCUUGAUGGUUCAAGUAAUCGGUAUGUUGGAAUCUGGUACAACACCACUUCACUGCUCACUAUCAUAUGGGUAGCCAACAGGGACAGACCCCUCAAUGAUUCUUCCGGUGUUCUCACCAUAUCUGAAGAUGGUAAUAUUCAAGUUUUGAAUGGCCGGAAGGAGAUUCUGUGGUCAUCCAAUGUUUCAAACCCCACAGGAGUCAAUUCAAGUGCCCAGCUUCAGGAUUCUGGAAAUCUUGUUCUGCGAGAUAACAACGGGGUGAGCGUAUGGGAGAGUUUGCAAAACCCUUCUCACUCAUUUGUGCCACAGAUGAAAAUUAGUACUAACACACGUACGGGUGUGAGAAAAGUACUGACAUCAUGGAAAUCUUCCUCGGAUCCAUCCAUGGGAAGCUUCACUGCAGGAGUUGAACCUCUAAACAUCCCUCAAGUUUUCAUCUGGAAUGGAAGUCGGCCAUAUUGGCGUAGUGGUCCAUGGGAUGGUCAGAUCUUGACGGGAGUAGACGUGAAAUGGAUUACUCUUGAUGGGCUUAAUUUUGUUGAUGAUAAAGAAGGUACCGUUUAUAUAACUUUUGCUUACCCGGAUUCAGGUUUCUUCUAUGCCUAUGUCUUGACUCCUGAAGGAAUACUAGUGGAAACAUCCAGGGAUAAAAGGAAUGAGGAUUGGGAAAGAGUAUGGAAGACCAAGGAGAAUGAGUGUGAAAUUUAUGGCAAGUGCGGGCCAUUUGGACACUGCAACUCGAGGGACUUACCAAUUUGUAGCUGUUUGAAAGGGUAUGAGCCAAAGCAUACACAGGAAUGGAACAGAGGGAAUUGGACUGGUGGAUGUGUGAGGAAGACGCCAUUGCAAUGUGAGAGAACCAAAAAUGGCAGUGAAGAGGCCAAAGUAGAUGGGUUUCUCAAGUUAACAAACAUGAAAGUGCCAGACUCUGCAGAGCAGUCAUAUGCUCUUGAAGAUGAUUGCAGACAGCAAUGCUUGAGGAAUUGUUCCUGUAUAGCUUAUUCAUAUCAUACAGGCAUCGGGUGUAUGUGGUGGAGUGGAGAUUUAAUCGACAUACAAAAACUGUCUAGCACAGGGGCACAUCUUUUCAUCCGCGUUGCACAUUCAGAACUAAAACAAGAUAGAAAGAGAGGCGCGAGAGUAAUUGUUAUUGUUUCAGUGAUUAUAGGGACAAUUGCCAUUGCCCUCUGCACUUACUUCUUAAGGAGGUGGAUUGCCAAACAAAGAGCAAAGAAGGGGAAAAUUGAAGAGAUAUUAUCCUUCAACAGAGGAAAAUUUUCUGAUCCCAGUGUCCCUGGAGACGGUGUGAAUCAAGUCAAACUUGAAGAGCUGCCACUGAUCGAUUUUAAUAAGCUUUCAACUGCAACAAACAAUUUCCAUGAGGCCAAUAAGCUGGGGCAGGGUGGUUUUGGUCCUGUAUACAGAGGAAAAUUGGCAGGAGGACAAGACAUAGCAGUGAAAAGACUUUCAAGAGCAUCUACACAAGGGCUAGAAGAGUUUAUGAAUGAGGUGGUGGUGAUUUCUAAACUCCAACACAGGAAUCUUGUUAGACUAUUUGGCUGCUGCAUUGAAGGAGACGAGAAGAUGUUGAUCUACGAGUUCAUGCCGAAUAAGAGCUUGGAUGCUUCUCUCUUUGAUCCUGUCAAGCGGCAGUUAUUAGAUUGGAGGACACGGUUCAAGAUUAUUGAAGGAAUUGGCCGAGGCCUUCUUUACCUUCACAGAGAUUCUAGAUUACGAAUUAUCCAUAGAGACCUCAAGGCAGGUAAUAUUUUAUUGGAUGAAGACUUGAAUCCUAAAAUUUCAGAUUUUGGUAUGGCCAGAAUAUUUGGAAGCGAUCAAGAUCAAGCCAAUACUAAAAGGGUUGUUGGAACAUAUGGCUAUAUGUCUCCCGAGUAUGCAAUGCAAGGACGAUUUUCAGAAAAAUCAGAUGUCUUCAGCUUUGGAGUACUUUUGUUAGAGAUUGUGAGUGGGAGAAAGAAUAGUAGCUUUUACCAUGAGGAGUAUUUUACCCUUUUGGGAUAUGCAUGGAAACUGUGGAAGGAAGACAAUAUGAAAACAUUAAUAGAUGGAAGUAUAUUAGAAGCAUGCUUCCAAGAGGAGAUAUUGAGAUGUAUACAUGUGGGACUGUUAUGUGUACAAGAAUUGGCUAAAGACAGGCCAUCCAUUUCAACUGUUGUGGGAAUGAUUUGUAGUGAAAUCGCACAUCUUCCACCCCCAAAGCAACCUGCAUUUACUGAGAUGCGGAGUGGCACAGAUACAGAAUCCUCCAAUAAAAAGUGUUCCCUAAACAAAGUCAGCAUUACCAUGAUUGAGGGUCGCUAGCAUGCCAUGCUGCAAUAUUAAUGUUUGAUCCUUUUUUUCUUUAGUAUAUUAUUCAACUCAAGAACUCUAGUUGAGAUCCCUAAAAAUAUAAACUUGUGCGCCUUUAAUUAUCUUAUGAAGUUAUUGUAAUUUUCAGUAAAGCAAUGCAUAUCAAGUAUCUUUCCUUCGU